AUGUGGCAAGUCUCCAUGUCUUUACCCUACAAGUGCAAACAUAACUUUAUUUUUUCUUUAGAGAAAGAAAGAGAAGAUCAAGAAAAGCAGCAGAGGGAAGAGCAAGAAAAAACUGUAGAACACGCUUCUGUAAAGGAAGCAGACAAAACCAGCCGUACAGGACGACGUCCGAGUCGAAGUGCCUUGUCCAGUCGUAAUGAUCGAAGAUCAGUCAAAAGUCCUCAAAAGACAGAUGCACCGAAGGAGAAUAAACAUCCAUUUGCUCUGUAUGGGUGGGGAGAAAGACAGACAGAUACUGGAAGCCAGAAAACUCACAAUGUCUGUGCUUCUGCUUCAGCGAAUGAAAUUCACGAAUCUGCUCUACGAGCAAAGAACAGGAGACAAGUGGAGAAAAGGAAGCUUUCUCAGAGGCGAGUGCGAUCAGCGGAAGCAGAGAAAGCUUGGCGAAUAAAGCCCUCCCCACCAGAUAACCCUUGGAUGACAGAGUAUAUGAGAUGCUACUCAGCAAGAGCUCGGUGAAUUUGGAUUCCCUUAGGCAUCUUCAAAAGAAGUUAUGCAUAUCAGGACACUGGUGCAAGGAACCAAAUUACUUAUGCAAGGUUUUUAUAGGGAGUUUCCAGCUGUUAAAAUAUUUCUUAUGAUAUUUUUAUCUUGGCUACCUACCUCACAGUGGGGUGUAUCGUUGGAGCCAUAACAUUUGAAGAGGCUUUUAGAUAUAGCUACCCAAACUUUUAAACAAUUCCCCUUUUGGGAAUCUUUCUAAUGCUUCAGUUGACUUGUUUUGGGGGUGGGAGGGGUGAACCUUAGCAUACAGGGAAUCAAAGCAAACAGUUUUUUGAUCUUGGUUACAAAUAAUCUGUUGUCCCUUAUUUUAAAAGUCCAAGCCAUGGGGAGGUGGUGUUGAGGAAAGACUUUAAAGGUGUGAUGGAGGUGCCUUUGCAUUUAUAGUACACUAUUUGAUUUAAUACUUCUACCAAAAUCAGUAUAUUAAGACAGGCAACAGGAAAGCCAGUGGAUCUGGUAAACAGCACUAAUAAAUGUAGAUGCUUUAGGCAGGCAAAUACCAAGUAUUGUCUGUAUAUAGAAACUUUCAAAAAACCUUGUUUGAUUAGUGAAUCUGCUGAUGCUAACUUAUUAUUGCUGUUUCUAAGGUCAUUAGAACAAACUACUAAUUUUCAGGGCAAGAAACAGCUACGGGAUUGUUUUGCUGUGUUGCUGUGCCUGUUGUACCAAAUAACUGAUGUAGACAAUCAUUACCGGAUAGCUGCUGCUCAAUAAGCAGUUGCUUGUUCUACCAGUAUCAAGUUGUACCACUGUACUGAGCUUGUGGUCACACUUACUCUAUGCUUAAUCAUGUAAAUGCCAGUUUGUUGAAGGAGAGGGCUGGCUCCUGUCUAGUGAAGUCUAUUUUUAACACUUAAGAAUAUCUAUUCUCAGUGGGGUCAGAGUGCAAUAUGCAUUCCAUUUGGUGGUAUUGUACAUGUAUACCGUUAAAGGUUUUAAACUUGAAAAUCACGUUGAUAAAACUUGUAGAUCAAGUCCUGAGAAGCUUUUUGCCUCUCAAAAUUGGUGCAGAACUCCUCACUGGGGGAGGUGAGGGGGCUAGGGGAAAAAGGAGAGGUACCCUUUAGUAAACAAGAAUAUAUAACAGAGUUUGAACACUCUCACUUUGUAGGUCCUACUUCUACAUAGUAAGACAGUCAUUGUUUGCGAGAUCCUCAGUGUUUUUUUUUUCCCAAGCUGCUGUAAAUUAAUUUUUUCAGUUGGGUAACUAAGCUUUAGGCAGAUUAUUGCUGUAGUUGAGAGCUUCAGAGUUUUGUUCAGAUGUGUUGUGUUAGUUAAAUAUGUUGGUUAUCUCAGUUUAACUGUUUUGAAGCUUGUGUUUUACAGACUGGACACCUUCUCACAGGAAGCACACUUGCACUUCUGCAGCAGAAACCUGCACUAGUCUUAGCUUCAUUCCACAAUCUCAGUGAGUAAGCAGGACUCUAGAAUUACUACUGCAACACAGAGUUACUUGCUUAGUGAAAAGCUUCAUUGUAAGUGUUAUUGAAAGAAAGUAAUCAUGCAAAGGGACCCAGUCUGCUGCCUCCUAGUGUUAAUUACAUUACAUCACAUUAGUAAAGGUUUCAUUACUCUCAAUUUUAAUCUUACUAGGAAGUCCUAGAAUCCAUGAAAUUAUAAUCUGAUUUUUACCUGCCUUUUAAGCAUAAAGCUAUAAAAAUACAGACAACUCUUGUUCAGGAUACCUACUAGAGAUCUUACAGCUUUUAAGUCUGGGAAUGCAAAGUAUGAUUAAGUAUGUUUUAAACACAGCAAAAUUACUGUAUUCCAACUCUUAAGUAAACCACAGGCUAGAACUUCCUAAAACUUUAGAACAGUGCCCAAAACUGAGGCAAACUAUUCCAGAGGAUGCCUUUAUUCCAUAUGAGGUUCUUUUAAUUACCUUUUAUGCUGUUUUCCUCUUUAAAUAGCUGUUGUAAAUACACCUAAGUUGCUUCUGAUGCUGUUUCAAUUCAGAAAUCCACCCUAGCUUUGAACAACAGUAUCAAAGCACUAACUCAGUAGUGUUUAACAGCCUUAUUCAAUAAAAACUGCCUGUUCCUGUUGCCCACAGGCUUUGUAGGCUUUAUGUAACUACAGCAGAUGGACUGUGCCCUCAGUGCAUUUUGUCACAUUAACCAGUUUCCUUGGUCGUCUAGGGCAGGACUCAUCUUGCCAUGCUUUCAAAGACAGCUUCUACAGUUCUCUUUUCCCACUGAGAAUGGAGGAGCCAAGAUGACUAUGUGCCUGCCUUAAGUACCCAUUUUUGGAUAAGAUAGAUCUCCCAUUAGAUGUUGGUCUUUCCAAUAAUUAUAGAAGGCUUAAAUGUCUUCUGCCUUGGAUAUUGGGUACCAAACUUAAAACAUCUCAAACAGGCUUGUUCAGGUGUUCUAUAGAGCAUGAGAAUCUUCAAAUAAUUAAGGCUGCUGUGUACUGAGGAAAUGAUCUAGUUCUUAUCCUUGUCUGGUCAAGAGCUAUUACCCACUGAAACAAUUUGCUAGAAGAUGGUAUUGAAACUGAUCAGGUCAUGUGAGUCACUGUCAUGCUCUUUCAAAUGGUCUGUAGCUAAAAAUAAUCCUGGGUGCUAUGUUGGUACUAUCUUGGUUUAAGUAAUAUAAUGCCUGAAGUGAGAGGUAAAUUAUUCUGCAAAGCUGGUAGCCUUCCUGCAUUUGGGCAUUAUUUGACUAAAAAAAGGCUAGUAGGUUUGCUUAGACUAUGUGAAAUAGCACAGUUCUGAUCACUGCAAGUUGUAUAUGCAAAAUAUUUGGCAUGUGCCAGGCUGAAGUCUGGAAAACUUAUUCUAGUGUUUUGAUGCUAACAAAUGAAAAGGCAAUUGACUUGGAAAGCAGAACUUCUCAAGUGUAAAAGCUUUAACUAUAUUCCAUAGAUUCUUACAGGAGGUAGCUGUUUUGCAUCAAAUUGGACUCACUAAAAAUGGAAAACCUAGUGAAUGUCACCCUAUCAAUUAAGGAAGUUCUAAACUUUGUCUUGCAUGGACUCUUGAAUUCAGCCAAGUGAUGAACACUUCUCGCUCCUGUUUUAGAAGUAGAACUUUGUUUGUAAGAACACAGUAAAUACUCAGUUGUCCAAAGUCUUCAUUAAAAUAACUGUUUAUUCCUUCUUGUUUCUUAAAGUACUUAGCUAAGUGAAACAAGACUUUUUAUAAUGUGUAAUGCUGCAAAUUAACUAUAGUGUUGUGAAGACUAGUGUUUACAAUGUAAAAUGUUACAAUGAAAACUGCAUAAGAAUGUCCCUGUAAAAUACAGUAGCAUGCCUGUUCAGUCACUGCUGUCACAUCUUUGCGACUAUGAAUUACAGACUUUUUCACUUGAAGCUGAGAUAGUCAAGGUAAUAGCUAAACUUAGAGCCAAACUUAACAAAACUGAGGGACAGACCUGAAUUUUUGGUAAGAAUUUUAUCCAGGUAGCAAAUGUACAUUUUAAUCAGAUCUUUAACAUGUAGGGAAGUGUAUCUGUUCUCUUUUUUUUUUAUGGUGUAAUGCAGUGCCACUGAACUACAAGGCCUCUGACUUUUUUUUUUACUGUGAUAGGGACCAAAAGCUAGCAAUCUGAGGGCCUUGUGUGGUAACCUGGAUGUUCCAGUUUAUUUUCCAGCUCAGUUAGUGUACUCAGCACAAAGCCAUAUAUGGAGCCUGACUCAACACCUUGACAGUAGGCCCUGGAAAAUUAGGGGUACAAUGGAAUGGGAAGCUGCCUCAGCUAUUGUUAGCACUGAAUUCACUUUAAAAAUUAUAGGGAAAUACCAUCUAAGCUUGAAGCAAUAUGUGUUUUUUUUAAAGUUUUUAAACAGUAUUUGUUUUUAAUGCUUCUGUAUUGUCUAUAUUUAAUAGUGUAGUGUCAACUUGUAUAUGGGAAUAAAAUGAGUGACACA